AUGACGGACACUGCUGCCGAGUUCCUGAGCCUCAUCGGGCUGAAGGAGCUGGAGUGGUGCCUGUUUGCUGAGAGGCUGGCGGUGGUGGCCGUGGGGGCCCCACCAGGGGACAAAGCAGAGGGCCAGUGGUGGAUGGCAGCCCAGUGGGCACCCUACCAGCGGGAAGGCGAGCCGGUGCAGAGUUGCAUCCUGGUGCAAACCAGGUUCCGAGGCAAGCAGGAUGGUGUACCUGCCUCCAGCACCCUCAAAGCCUAUGUGACCUGGCAGCUGGAGACCCUGGAGCAGGAGGAGCAGGAGCGCCUGGAGCUCAGACCACACCCCACAGAGAAGACGACCCACAUUGUGAGCCACGAGCAUGGGAUGACUGUCUGGAAGACCCUGCAGGAGGGAGAGGCAGAGCCACAGUGCCAGAGCUUCUCCUACAGCCGGGCUAAGCUGCAGGGGCUGCUGCUGGAGGGUGCCAGCCUCCUGCUGCUGCGGGUGCUGGCACGCCGGCAGACAAUGCCCCCCGACCUUGUCUUCCCAGCCAUCAACACCGAGGGCGACCUCUGCACCUCCAGCUAUUCUGCCCUGGGCAUCCAGCGGCAGGCAGUGGGCUCAGCAGAGACAGACGUGUUUGUGAUCCAGCGAGCCGUGCACACCAGCACAGGCGCCUCCACUGUCUGGCACAGCAGCUUCCUCCCCAACGGGCAUUUGGCUCAGCUGAUGCAGAUUGGCUCCCCAAUGCUCAUGCUUCUACAGGAUGAGUCCAUCCUCAGCAAGUCAGGUAAGUUCGAACCCCAGCUCCCCUUCCCCAAAGAACACCUGGACUGGGAGGAGGACAUACAGCUCUACUCCCAUUUUCUGGACAGGAAGGACGAGCUGCAACUAUCUCAUGCUGCCUACCUCCAGCAGCACCCCGAGGUCCGGGCACUGCUGUCUGACUUCCUCCAGGCAUUGCUCUUCCAGCAGCCACAUGACCCCAUCUCCUUUGCUGCAGAAUUCUUCGCCCACCAGCGGCCCAUUGGGAGCCCCUUUGCCUCCCCUAGGGCUGCCAGCCCCCUCCCCAAAUCCUCACCUGGCCACCCUCCAGCUAAUGGCAAAUAA